CAGCGUCCCGUCCUGUCAACAAAGUCAAGUAUCACGUCUCAUCUAUCCUCCAUCCGUGGCCGUUUACUUGGUUAAUCUUUUACACACACCCCCGCAACCAUGACAACAACACAACAAACCAGCUCUCCCUCGGAGCACUACAGCAACCGCAUCGUCCUCACCACCUACCCCAGCCAAAGCGUCGCCAACCCCAUCCCCCUGACCUGGGGCGCCUCCUCCCCAGCCACCCGAGGCCCCGUAAUCGUCUCUCGCACCAAAAACACCCUCAGCAAACGCAACGCCAUCGGCGCUCACGGCGGCAGCUACUCCAUCUACACGGCACUAGCCAUCGCCUCCGGCGACCUGGAACCCGACUUCAAGCCCAACUUCCUCAACACGCAACCCACAUUCAACUUCCCGGCGCAGCCCGCAUGGAGCGACCCCAAAAAAAUCGUCUCCAUGGACCCCUACGGCCACGACAUCAUAAAACACUACUCCAGCUACCUCUCCUCUGGAAUCGACGUCCGGCCCACCAUCGCCGUGACACGAGCCACCAUGCGCGUCUCCGAAAUCACCGAAGCCAUCACGCACAGCCGCAUCCCCAUCGACGGAUCCAUCGUGCUCAACAAAUCCGGCGACGUAAAAGUCACCAAAGUGGCCGUCGAGCCGGUAUGGUAUCUCCCCGGGGUUGCGGAGCGGUUUGGCGUCGAGGAGAAGGAUCUUCGUCGUGCGUUGUUCGAGCACACGGGGGGCAGUUAUCCCGAGUUGAUUACACGGCCCGAUAUGAAGGUUUUUUUGCCCCCGAUUGGAGGACUCACGGUUUAUAUCUUUGGGCCGCCGGAACGGGUCUCGGAUCCGGAGAUCAAGUUGGCGUUGAGGAUUCAUGAUGAAUGUAAUGGGUCGGAUGUGUUUCAGUCGGAUAUUUGUACGUGUCGGCCGUAUUUGACGUUUGGGAUUGAGGAGGCGAUUAAGCAGGCGCAGGGGGGUGGGUCGGGAGUGGUGAUUUAUUUUCGGAAGGAGGGGAGGGCCCUCGGGGAGGUGGUGAAGUAUUUGGUGUAUAAUUCGAGGAAGAGGGGGGGAGAUACGGCGGAUAAGUAUUUUCAGAGGACGGAGAAUAUUGCGGGGACUAAGGAUAUGCGGUUCCAGGCGUUAAUGCCGGAUAUUUUGCAUUGGUUGGGGAUUACCAAGAUUGAUCGCAUGUUGUCCAUGUCGAAUAUGAAGCAUGAUGCCAUUGUGGAGCAGGGAAUUCCGAUCUAUGAGCGGAUUCCGAUUCCGGAUGAUAUGAUCCCUGAGGACUCGCGUGUGGAAAUCGAUGCCAAGAUUCACUCUGGAUACUUUACGACAGGCCGACAGAUCACCGAGGAUGAUUUGAAAGAGGUCAAGGGUCGGGGUUGGGAGUCUUGGGAGGAUGUUACGGUGGCGGAGAUCUGGUAA